AUGCCACCUGAUUCCAUGGAUAAUACAAUAAUAAAUAAAUCACUUUUUAAAGUAGAGUCAGAUGUUCAUGGUCAGCUUGAAAAAGAAUAUGCAGCCCGAUGCAAAGAGGCAAGAGUUUUAACAGUGCAUAUAACAGCUGCAGCAGCCUACGCUGUUAAGGAGAAGACAACUAUAUGUCAAGCAGCCAACUGUCUAGAUGUUGUCAGAUACCAGAAACAUUUGUAUGAAAAAUUCAAAGUGGAGACAAGGAUCAUUGCUGUUGACUUUGCAUCAGAAGAUAUUUAUGAUAAAAUUAAAACACGCUUAGCAGGUCUAGAAAUUGGCAUUUUAGUGAACAAUGUGGGAAUGUCAUAUGAGUAUCCUGAAUACUUUUUGGACCUUCCUGACUUGGACAAUACAAUCAAGAAACUGAUAAAUGUUAAUGUUCUUUCUGUUUGUAAGAUGACACAACUGGUGCUGCCCAACAUGGUAGAAAGAUCUAAAGGGGUGAUUCUCAACAUCUCCUCUGCCAGUGGCAUGUUUGCAGUUCCACUACUGACCAUCUACUCUGCAACUAAGGCUUUUGUAGAUUUCUUCUCUCGAUGCCUCCACGAGGAGUACAGGAGCAAGGGCAUCUUUGUGCAGUGUGUUCUACCAUACUACGUAGCCACGAAAUUGGCUAAAAUCCGAAAGCCAACUUUGGAUAAACCCUCUGCAGAGACGUUUGUGAAGUCUGCAAUUAAAACAGUAGGCCUGCAAUCUCGAACCAAUGGAUACCCGAUCCAUUUUCUUCUGGCCUUGGUAACCUCACUUGUGCCUCCUGGGAUUAAUCGUAAAAUAAUCAUGGAUUUCAACAAGUCUGUGCGGGCUCGCUAUCUGAAGAAAUUCAAGAAGAACUAAGUAUUGAUAACUGCACUGAGUAACUUGGCCAGAUGCCCCAGCCUGUGCGUGUUCACUGCAAGGCACUCAUCGAUCUCCAAAAUCCACGCUUGUCGUUUCAACAGUUACUAACAUGGCUAAAUGUUGUCCUAAUUGGGAGGAAAGCAGCAUUUAGGAGUUCCUGACAUAUUUUGGAUACUACUAGGAGUUAUUUUGAAGCUUAAUAUAAAUGCUCAUAUCAAAUAGAUAUACAACUAAUAUUACCAAGAGCAGCUUAACAGAAAAGAACAUGAUUAUAACAAAUCACAGAAUGAUAGAGUCAGACAUAAAAUUCAACACUUUCAUCUGGUCCAAAAUGCCAAUGAUCAUUAUUCUUGUAUUUUCUCUGAAACUUAUAAAAAAUAAUGGCCAGCUACUCUUUUUUUUGUUUGUUUUUAACACUUUGAGGGAAUGGAGAUUAAUUGAUUUGCUUAUGGGAGGACACACUGAAUUUACAGAGAUCUCUAUAAGGUUUUCUAAAAGUAUGUUCCAGCUUAUACAUUUCUAUAGAACUGUUCUUUCUCAAAGAUAGCUAAUGACUUAAAAGUAAUUGUGAAGUAUGGAGUUAUUUCUAACACACGAAGCCCACUAAAAUAUGCUUUCUUGUAAUGCAUAUUUCUUCUCAGUUUAAAUGUAUGUAAAUACUGAAAGCUAUAUAUGGUAUGAUUUAGAAAGGUAAAUGGGCCAAAAUGUACAUGGAGACUGGCAGUCGUCUAUGGUGCCACUGAAACCCUGACCCAGGAAAGAGGCCUGCUCAGACCCCCAGCCUUCUUUGUUUCUGCACUGCACCUAUAUUGCUCACCUGUGUGACACAGGCUACUCCUAAAGUAGUAAUGAUGUCAUGGAAAUGACAUUGUACUUUUUAAAUUGGCACCGCAUAGGUACUGGUAUAAUAAGUUUUAAUAAAAGAUGAUAUAACCAUGGUGUUGAAUGAAAAUAUAUUUCUUUGGCACUUGAAAUUAAAGUCAUAUUUACACUGGCUUAGUAUAAUUUAA